UAGAGAAUAUCAAAGAUUGAAAGGUUCAAGCCUAAUUAAUGACUUGACACCCGAAAAUCGCGAUAACACUGUGUUUGCCUACUAAUUUGAUUACCCUAAUAUGCAUGUUACAUAAGGUUACCCUAAGGGUGGCAAUGCAUGCUUCCCGUAGAAGAUAGCAUCUCCAACGGGCGGAGGAGGAUUGCAUUCGUCUGAGGCGUCGGGGUGGCAGGGCACGUCGUAUUGAAGUCGAGCCUCAGCCGGAACAUGAGCAAGAGUAUGAUGAGAUGGACGUGCAGCAACAACAGCAAAUGGAUGAGGAGCUUGAGGCAAUGGGGAAGCGUGUGGUGGUGCCAUACCCUGAGCCUCUUGAUGACUAUCCUGGUGGCCCACACGACACUUCCCUGCUGUGGAGGUACCAUGUGCACGUGGCCAGGAAGGCGUCUGAGGGCGAGUGACGUGGCAAUUUAAAAUGCAUCAACGAUGGAAAGAAGAUAGAAGCGAUAUAUGAUAAACAUUCCAUCCCUAUCAUGGCUGCACGGUGGUGACAUGACAAAAUUGCAGGGCACCGAUCUUUCUUGGUUUAGGAUACCAACUACAGACUGAUUGACCACGGUCUGAUUUUUGCAUUUGUGGAGAGGUGACAGUGGCACUUGAUGAUGUGUCCUAUUUGCUGCAUUUCCCAAUUGAUGGCAUGCUUCUGUCCCAUGAAGGAAUGACAAGGGACGAUGCGGUGGAAAUGAUGAUGCAGUAUUUGGGUUGUGAUCCAGGUGAUGCUGUUGUUGAGGUGACUCCUAACAGAGGUGCACAUUGUCGAUUUAGCUACUUGAGGAGGAUUUUCAAGGAUCGUCUUUUGCAGCAGUUGGAGUUGGAGAAUGAGUAUGGUGUGACUCAGGAGGUACGGGGGUUGUGGGACCAGGUUGUCCGCAUAUAUUUGUUAUACUUGAUCGGGAUCACUCUCUUCACUGACAAGAGCCAAACUGCUAUGGAUGUUGUCUACCUGAGGUACUUUAGAGACCUUGAUGUUGUUGCUGAAUUUGCAUGGGGAGCUGCGGCACUAGCUCACCUCUAUAGGAAGCUUAACAAUGUUGCACAUUGAAACUGCGGUCAGGUGUCAGGAUAUCUGACUUUGUUGCACAUAUAAAUUAAA